GAUGGAAUUCUUAUAACCUUUAACUACCUCAUCAUCACCAAACGAAUGACUCCCAAAAGCUCAAACGCCACUAAUACUCUCACACUUACUCAUUAUCAUAAAUAGCACAAAACACUCACUCACUCUUCCUCCUUUUCUUCUUCUUAUUCUUCACCACCAAUGGCUUCAGAUGAGAGCAUGAAAAUCCGCUCAUGUAUUUCUAUGCAAGAUGUCUUGGAUGAUGACGACGUUGAUUUCGAUGAUCCUCAUCCUCGUCUUCUUCAUCAUCACCCCAACCAAAACUUCUCCAGGCUUUCCAUCUGUACCAGCAGCUCAACCUAUGGUGCUGAUGAAGACGACGACGAUGAUAUGGGCACGUACAUGUCACGACUGUCCAUUGAAAGCUUCGACGGCGGAGACGGCGACGUGGAAGACGGAUUCUCCGAUGUUGGGAAUAAACCACCACCACUCCUUAUGAAUAAAGGACUAUCUUCCGACUCAGACAAAGACUCAACCUCCGCCGGCGGCUGUUACUCACUUCCGGCAACCCCACCAAGGCGGAGGACGCGGGGGCCUCCCACACCAAUCCCAGUUGAAGUAUUAGGCUGCAAAGAGUGUGCUAGCGAGACUGAGGCGGCGGACGAUAUGAAGAGCACCAGAAGGCGGCGGAGGAUGAGGAGGAGGAGAAUCAUGAAGGAGAGGUUGCUGCGUGACACUGUGUUUUGGGAGAUGAAAGACUACUUGGUGGAUAGUCAUACUCGGAUCAGUGAUGAUCAGCCAAUAUUACAGGAGCCGCAGGAGCCACUGCCUGUACUCAUAACUAGGCCCAAGGGAGGGCAGAGGUCGCUGCGCAUGGAUAUGGACGAAGUCAAGGCUUGUAAAGAGCUUGGAUUUGAGUUGGAGUUGGAUACUGUUGUGCCAGGUAAUAUUAACACUAUGGCCUUCGACACUGCCAGUUCUACUAGCGGUGGCAACUCCCCUAGUUGGCGUAUCUCUAGCCCAGGCGAUGACCCUCGAGAUGUAAAGGCCCGUCUCAAGGUUUGGGCACAAGCUGUGGCACUGGCAUCCACAUCUCGACACGCAACUCCUUGACCCAGUACUUUUUUUUGGGUUUAGUUUAAGCCAUUUUGAAUUAGUAUUCGUGUUUUUUUUAAAAGAAUUUUUGCAGCAUAUGCUGGUGUAAUUUUUAUUUCAUUUGAUUUCGUAUAUGAACUUUUGAUACAAUUUGAGUGGGAGUGGGAGGGGGAGUGGGGGUGAGAAGAAUAUCCAUACCAAUGUAAAUACACAGAUGUGGGAAGGGAAAUGAAGACAGUUAUUAGUUACUUUCAACAUAUUUUUUGUUUGGCUUUUGAAAUUAGUUGUGUGUGAGUGCCUGCUCUGGCUACUUAUCCUAUGUACAUCUUCUAGCUGCAAUGUAAAUACUAAUACACAGAAACAUGAACUAUUUUCUCUA